ACACUUUUAGAAAAUCUCAUCUGAUUGGCUGUGAUGGUUUCAAGUAACCAAUCAAAAUAACCCUUACAAAUAGCAGUGUAUCGUCACAGAGUGGGAGGGCACUUUGAGAUUGAAGAAUUUUUGGUGCCUCCACUGGUGUUUCAAAGAUGUCAGGGCAAGAUGGCUUCCCCUCGAAGCGACCACGUCUUGAAGGGGACCAGGCUUUGAUAACGAACAACAACAGUGAGCCUGAUAACCCAUCAACUGGUGGGGUAGUAGUGGCUGGGUGUUCUACCUCCCUGGAAGUGUGUGAACAAAGCCAUUCUGUACCAAGAAACUGUGCUGCAGAGACAGAGUCACCCAUUGGUCAGCCAGUGCCAACAUUAUCCAAUCAGGGCCAUGCUGCCGAAUCAUCUCCCAAACAGGAAUCAGGACAGAGAAUAGUGCUGGUCAUGUCAGAAGAGGAUCACCAAAAAAUUUCUGUCGAAAAUACCAACUAUGCUUCCCCUUCAUCAAGUAGAGAUCAUACUGAAGAGACAAAUGAAAGCACUUUGACCCAGACUUCAACAGCCAAUGAAAUGACGGACUCAAACAAAGCAGCCAAUCAGAAAUCAGAACAGUCAGCCAAUGAAAUUGCUGAACCACCUGUUGCAGAUGCUGUCACAGUGGACAGGUCCAUUGCAAUGAAGUUCUUACAGAUUGAGGCAAACUUGUGCGAGACGUUGAGACACCUCGUGUUUCGGGAUCCGGUCACGCAUUUGUACAAUCCUCUGGACUAUGCGCGGGAGACACAUAAGGACUACGUUAUGAAGUACUGCUGUUCUCACAAAGAUGUGCUGUUCUUAGGGAUGAACCCUGGUCCUUUUGGAAUGGCUCAGAAUGGGGUUCCUUUUGGUGACACCACCUUCGUGAAGGACUUUCUGAAGAUCAGCGGAAACGUGAAUCCACCGGCCCUCCAGCACCCUAAACGACUAAUCACGGGCCUGGCCUGCACGCACAGCGAGGUGAGCGGAACUCGUUUCUGGGGCCUUUUCCGUACGCUCUGCAAAACGCCCGAGAACUUCUUUCGGCGGUGUUUUGUUCACAACUAUUGCCCCCUCGUGUUCAUGACCAAAACGGGGAAGAAUGUCACCCCGCCAAGUUUACACAUGACGCAGCGAGAGCCGUUGCUAAGUGCGUGUGACACCGCUCUGGUCGAGGUGAUCCGGUUGCUCCAGGUGAAAAUGAUCGUUGGCGUGGGAAGGUUCGCCCAGGAGCGGGCCCAGUACGCGCUGAAAAUGACGGGGUUGAAUAUUCCAGUUUUGUUCAUAAUGCAUCCGAGCCCCAUCAACCCUCAGGCCAACAAAGGGUGGGCUGAACAGAUGAUGGUAGAGUUUGAAAAGUUAGGCAUUAUGAGGUACCUGGUACCCAAGUCUAAAGGUUAGGCAGAUGGGCAACCACCACAGGAGGCUCGUAUUUGUUAGGCAGGAAGGUGACUGUACUGUUGGGAUUUCUCUUAGGCUUUAUUCAGGCCAUUGAAAAGGACAUUCAAGGGAUCAAAUUUACAGAGACAACCUUGACUCCUACUUGUAUGUUGUGUCAUGAUUAUUUUAGUUUCUAGUAAUAAGGUUUUGUAUUAUGUUCUUAAGUCAUUUUUAUGUUAUAAUAUUAUUUAAAAAAAAUACUAUUAAUAGUAGAGAAAUAUGAGUAUAAUUCCUCUUCAUGUAUUUGUUACAUGUUUAAAUAUUCCCAAAUCAUGCUCAAAAUGAUGUUUUUCUUUUGAAGUUAAUGUAAGAAAACUUACUGUUUAAGACACACAAAUUUCAUUGUGAUUUUUAGUGACAACAACAUCAAAUGAUAGAGAGAGAGAGAGUAAGAUUCCUUUUUUUUCUUUGAACAUAAUUCUGACACAAAUGUUUACAUUCUUUCUUUUUUCAAAUGAUUAUAAAAGGACAAAGUUUUCUCCUGAAUGAAGCUUCAGAAAUAAGUCCCACCCCUUAUCACAGCUACCCAAAAUGUAAGUAUGAGGAUGUUUACUCUGUAUUAUUUUAGUCCCAGACUGUCCUUGCAAACAUGGCAGUCACCUUGACCCUUGAUGUGACCUCUGACCUCCCCAUGUCAGAGAGAAUCUAGGAGAGGAUAUGUUUCAGCUGUGGCUGGUUUUGUCUCUCAGUCAGUUAGGCAAGGGUGACGCUUCACAGUUCAGGGCUUGACUAGUUAGACACUUUUCUUCUGGACAUUGAUUUAACAUGCUAGACUAGAGCAUCAUAAACAGAACUGUGAAAAAGGCAACAAGCUCUUAAAAUUUUAACAUCAUCGUUGAUGGCUUCCUUAGUUGGGAAUUUUUUUUACGUUCCUUGUUUGGAAAUUAGUGGAAUUCAAGUUACAAAUUGUCAGUAAUGAAAAUGGUACAUUAAUAAAAUCUUUCUUGAGAAGUACAUGUAUUCCUUUAUGUCUGUGUGCGUUUCAAAACUACAUGUAUACUGCAAUGUCAGUAUUUUGCUUUCAUGAUGAAACAUCUGCAAAGGUAUAAGAAGUUAGUUGAUAUUUGAUUGUGCCAUCUUAAGUAAGGUACAUGUUUAACUGGAUUUCACGUAAUUGAUUUUUUUGUUAUUAAAGGGUACUUGUUAGAAAAUCCAGUUGCCAAGGAUAGACCUUAAAUAUACAGAUUACCAUGAAAAGAACAAAACUGAGCUUGAAACUUAAUUUAAAUCUGCUCAAAUUUUUCCAGAGCUACAUACCUUUAUGUAUGGAAAAUUGUACCUAAAAGUAUUGCCUUUAAGAGUCAAGCUUCUGUGUUAUCAUCAUAUUGUUACUGUGGUAACAAAUAUUUGAGUAAUAAAGCAUUGUAUGAUA